CUGGCUUCUGCUCAUUCAAGCAGUUUCUGAGAGAACAAUAAAGGUUCAGUGUCUUCUUGUGCCAGUCAGUUUUGCAUUAACUUAAUUAUUUAUUACGUAUUGUUUGUCUCAGUAAUUACAAAUGGAAAGCAGCUGUGAAUGAAGAGUUUUAUUGGAAAUCCUAAUUGAAUUGCGCCUCGCGGUGGUGCGUUCCGGGGGCGGAGUUGGAGCGCGCACCAGGAGCGCACAGGACGCACAGCCCUCCCGAGCUGUGUGUUGAUAUUGGCAGCUCCGUCCUCUCGCAGGAGGUUAUGGCUGAAGUCUCUGUGAAGACGGGCAGAGAGAGCAGAGCAGGUUACCGGACAGGAGCGAUGAGUUCAGGCGCGCUUUGCGCCAAAGAGUGACCUGCUGUGUAAACUGGCUGUGAUGAGUGGUGAAUCGGGGAGAAGGCGCUGAACCUGUCACGAUGUCCCACGCGCAGGUCGAGAUAGCAGGACGCGGUUUCCCGGGCCUGUCUGUGGAUAUGACCGAGGACUGCUUGUCCCGCGUCCCCUCCGUGCUGCGGACGCACGGCCUGGGCGCGCGCAGAAACUCCUACGGGCUGCAGAAAAUCAGCAUGGACCUCGACUCGCCUCUGUACGGCGGCGUCCUCUCCAAAGCCCUGUCCUGGUCCGCCGAGAACAUCCCCACUCUGCCCGAGUCCCGAGCCGAGGAGGAGAAGAGCGGCGACACCCCGCCGUCCCUGUCGCCCCCCUCCAGCUCCGACACGCCGCCGCGCAGCCAGGAGCCCGACGCGGGGCCCAUGGGAGGAACCCAGUGGGGCCCGGUGCCCAGAACUCACGACGGCAGCUCGGACUCUGAGGGCGAGCAGCACGGCAGGCAGCAGAAGGUCUCGCCGCGCAUCGCGUUUGACAGCCAGUGGGAGCAGGAGGAGAAGGAGGACGUGGAGACCAAGGCGGUGGCGACGUCCCCCGACGGCAGGUACCUCAAGUUCAACAUCGAGAUCGGACGGGGCUCGUUCAAGACGGUCUAUAAGGGACUGGACACGGAGACCACGGUGGAGGUGGCCUGGUGUGAGCUGCAGACCCGGAAGCUGACCAAGGCCGAGCGGCAGCGCUUCAGCGAGGAGGUGGAGAUGCUCAAAGUGCUGCAGCACCCCAACAUCGUCCGCUUCCACGACUCCUGGAAGUCGACCAUGAAGGGCCACAAGUGCAUCAUCCUGGUGACGGAGCUCAUGACGUCAGGAACGCUCAAAACCUACUUGAAGAGGUUCAAGGAGAUGAAGCUGAAGCUGCUGCAGCGCUGGAGUCGUCAGAUCCUCAAAGGGCUUCACUUCCUGCACACUCGCACUCCUCCCAUCAUCCACCGCGACCUCAAGUGCGACAACAUCUUCAUCACCGGCCCCACGGGCUCCGUCAAGAUCGGAGAUCUGGGGCUGGCCACUCUCAAAAGUGCCUCUUUUGCUAAAAGUGUCAUUGGAACGCCAGAGUUCAUGGCUCCGGAGAUGUACGAGGAGAAGUACGACGAAGCCGUGGACGUCUACGCCUUAGGAAUGUGCAUCCUGGAAAUGGCCACCUCUGAGUACCCGUACUCCGAGUGCCAAAACGCCGCGCAGAUCUACCGAAAAGUCACCAGUGGCAUUAAACCCGACAGCUUCUACAAAGUCAAAGUCCCUGAGCUCAAGGAGAUCAUUGAGGGCUGCAUUCGGAUGAACAAAGACGAAAGGUACACCAUCCAGGACCUCCUGGAUCACCCCUUCUUCCAGGAGAACAACGGCGUGCACGUGGAGCUGGCUGAGGAGGACGACAUGGUGAAGCCGGGCCUGAAGCUGUGGCUGCGCAUGGACGACACCAAGAAGCUGCACGGGAAGUACAAGGACAACAACGCCAUCGAGUUCCUCUUCGAGCUCUACAAAGACGUGCCCGAGGAGGUGGCUCAGGAGAUGGUGGUGCUCGGCUUCGUGUGCGAGGCCGACUUCAAGCUGGUGGCCAAGGCCAUCCGGGACCGGGUGACGGCCAUCAAGCGGCAGAGGGAGAAGCUGAGGCGGCAGGCGGACGAGCGCAGGAAGAAGCAGGCGCAGGAGGCCAUCGAAGAAGAGCCCGAGCUGCAGCUGCCCUCGCCCAGGGUCAGCGGCGUCGGGGCGGCGGAGUCCCCGACGCCGGCGCUGACGCCCCCGGCCCCCAUCCUGUCCCCCGUCACCAGCUCCGUGGACUCCGGCGUCAGCUCCAGCUACCCCGCGGAGCCGGAGGAGCCCGAGGCCGACCAGCACUUCCACCUCCGCCAUAACAGCCUGUCCUCUGCCAACUCUGACUGUGAGACGGACGGCGAUCUGAGCUCCUCCGGGCUCCAGGAUCCGCUGGAGGCCGCCACCCUCGCCUCCACACACACCAGCCCCCCCGCGGUGAACGGCCUCCCCAUCCCGGCCCUCCGCUUCCCCUCGAGCAUUGCGGUUUCCAACAGCUCGGAGCUGGUGAACUCCGGCCCCCCGAGUGGCUGCAACUCCCCUGUGGAUAGCUACGCCUCCGACGUGACCUCCGGCCUGAGUGACGGCUACGAGGGCCUCUCCGAGAAGAACGAGAGGACGACGGCCAGACGAACGGCGGGGAAGCUGUUCAAGAGGAGAGCGCGGUCGAGGCUCCGCAUCACGGGGCUCUCUGAUAAGGUGGACCGGGUGGUGGAGUGUCAGCUGCAGACGCACAACGACAAGAUGGUGACUUUCAAGUUCGACCUGGAUGGAGAUAACCCAGAAGACAUCGCUGCCGUCAUGGUGCACAAUGAGUUCAUCCUGCCGUCGGAGAAAGAGGGCUUCAUCCACCGCAUGGGGGACAUCAUCAAGCGGGCCGAGGCCCUGAUGGCCAAAGAGCAGCCGGUCCAUCCCAGCGGACUCCGACUGGCCCAGCCGGCCUUCCACGGCGGAGUUAACUCAUUAUCGUCGUCACAGCCUAACCUGCACAGUCACACUCUGCCCCGAACACACUCGUCCUCAUCUCUGCCCGACUACAGUAUGGCUAACCCGAACACAGGGGGACAUGGCUCUCCCCCGUGCCCCAAAGGAGAGGUCUUCAGUGCAGACAUGACUUCACCUGGGCGACCUCUGUUGCGCUCACAGUCUUUCCACAACGCCCCAGGCUCUCCUCUCCACUAUCAGCAGCACCACCACCCUGCGUCCCUCCUGCCCCAUCAUCAGCACUACCACGUCCCCUUCAUGGGCCACACCCACUUCCCGUUCCCAUAUCCAGGCUCUCCGGGUUCCCCGAAGCCGGCCGGGACUCACGCUCCUCUGACCCGCGUGGCCAGUAACCCCGCCUUCUCCGUUCCCUCGCCAGCCCCAGGCUCCCCCGUUCCUCAGAGCGAGACCCCGAGCCCCAGCGGCAGUGAGAGCGUCGCCAUGUCCCCUCCGGCCCCCCAGCAUCCCGCCCUGUGGCCCCCGCACUCACAGCCCCUGUUUUCCUUGGCCAACGUCAUCUCGAUGGCCAUGAGCAUGGCUCAGUCCUUCAUCCCUCCUGCCAGCCUGACCACCCAGGGCAUGGCCUCCUACCCCGGCUUCCACCCCCAGCUGCCCGGCCACAUGCCCCCGCAGGCUGGUUACCCCUCCGUUUACCCCCAGCACUACCAGACCACAGCGGCGGAGUCCCCGUACCCUGCGGCAGGCGUGCCGGCGCAGAACGCCUACCACGGCCCGGAACAGGCGCCUCAGGCACACGGAGACGCCUUCCAGCAGAGCAGCCAUUGGUCGCCCCCCUCGCUGUCCUCCACGCCCCCACUGGCUCCUCUGGAGCCCACGCAGCAUGCGGGCCACCCCAGCUCCCCCAGCGUCGCCCACCAUGACGGGUGUGCGGUCCCGUAUUCGGCCCAGAUCCCCGGCCGGGCGACCCCCGCGUCAGAGGCGUCCACCUCCAGCUCCUCGUCAGAUCUUUCCUCUUCACCAUCCGAGAGCCCCAAAAACUCCUUGUCAUCCUUCAGCGGUCAGUUACACCCUGUUACACCUGAGACAAAGGCAACUAUCCCCAAUCCUAAAGUCUUGUCCGCUGAGCCUGAGGUUCAGUCGGCGCCAGUGACCGUCGGGCGAUUCCAGGUGACCCCCAGCAUGGACAUCCCCGGACCCCCGGCGCCGGCGCCUGCUGCGCCGCCUGCUGCGCCUCCACCGGCGGACUGUGGCAGCACCCAAUCAGAGAGCAGCACCGAGGAGCAGGCGGAGUCCGAGACCAGCCUGGGCACCUCCCUCACCAUGUCCCCCCCUCACCCACACACCCACAGAGGCUCCGGAGUGGGGGGUCCGCCGGAGGGCGAAGGCCAGGCGGGGUGGGCCGUGAGCCUGGACCAGCAGCAGCAUCAAGACGAAGAGGAAGAUGAGGAGGAGGAGGAGGAGGUUGUCGGGGAACGCUUGAGGGCGAAGAAGAGAAGCCGCAGGAGGGCCUACAGUCUGAGCCUGAUGGGGACGUCGGCGGACAGCGGGCUCUCCGUGACGGCGGCGGAGAUGGAGGGGAGGCUGUGGGACGGCGCGGCCGGAAGCCCGCAGUACGGCAACGCCCUUCACCACCUGUGGAUGACGACGUACAGCCGCAACGCGCCGUACCUGAGCAGCGACGACUCGGACAGCGAGGACGAUGAGAUGCUGGAGGAGCUUCAGGAGCUCCGAGAGAAGCACCUGAUGGAGGUCCAGGCCCUGCAGGCCACCCAGAAGAGAGAGAUCGAGGAGCUGUAUGAGAGGAUGGGGAAGGUCCCUCCUCCCGGCAUCGUGUCUCCCGCUGCUAUGCUGUCCAGCCGACAGCGCCGCCUCUCCAAGGGCAGCGGCUUCCCCUCGUCUCGCAGAAACAGCCUGCAGCGUUUGGACAUACUUCCCCUCCAAGGGAUCAUUAGAAGAAACUCUCUUGGCGGCAGCAGCAGCGGCUCGCAGGAUAAACACAGCAAAGGUGUGACCUUUGCCACGGACAUAAGUAGAAUGUGAGAAACUCUCCUUCAAGCACGCUGUACAUCUGGACUACCUCAUCAGAGAGUGACUGCAGGGGUCAGAGACGGAUCGCUUCAACCUUUUCACUGGCUCACCACCCGGCAAACUUCUCUCUUACCUCAAAUGUACAGAAACCGUCGUUGGUGAAGCGCGACUGACCCGGGUGUCUGGUUCUCAGCGCUUCGUCUGCGCCGGUUCACCUCCGUUCUCUUGUACAUAACCUUCCAUUCGACGGUUCAAACGAAACCAGUUUAAACUUUUAACGCAGUCAAACCGUGGUUCGGAGCGCUGUCACGCUGCGGCACUUCCCACGAUUUUGACACAGAAUAGUUUUCCUGCUUGUCUGUCUCACUGCUGUUGAUGGAGCCGAGCACAUUAACGUGAGCCGCCGCGAGGCUCCCACUCUUUUCACUGACGGUUGUUCCACUCCGUUCUGUUCAUUUGCUGUAGUUUGUUUUGACUGUACAGUUGGUAUCUAUGCGCCCUUUAGGUAGAGCUGUGAUUGCUGCCUUCCAGGAGCUGCCGAGAACAGUGGAUAACAGAGCUUUUCAACGUGCUGUAGACACAUUUCACCCGCCUGUGGGUGUUAAAAUACAAGAAAGCAGGUUUCAGUUUAAAGGUUAUUAUGGCAUUUUACCCAUUCAAAUGAAAUUAGGCUGAAUUCAAGCAUAACUCAUGCAGGUUCACUGCUUUUUAUUCCAUAUAUCUCCAAGCCUUCAUAUGCAGCCUGCAGCUGUUAUAGAGCUGCAUUGAAUCUCAUUUAAAAAUGUGACGCUUCAUAAGUGUUACUCUCCACAUGUCCUUGUUUUAACCUUUAUUUCCUGAUCAGAAAAAGCAAACAUCUCAGCAGCCCACAGAUUUUUCCUCAACUUUGCACUUUGGAACCGGUUGUCAGUUUUCAUUUUACACUUUGAUUCAUUUAUGCAAUCUGAACUUGUUGCUGUAAUGUAACUCUUUAGUUGGUAUAGGGAUUUGGACACUUUACGGUACUCUCUGAACUCAUUUUUGGGACACAAUCGACGUUUAUAGAUGGUGAAAAUGUACUUUUCCCAGUCUGUUAGUAUUAUAAGGAGCUGUCAAUACAAACUCAUGGAGAUGCUGAUACUUCAGAGAGGAGAAAUAUUGCACAAAGUCAGAUAUGUUGGCCUGUAGGAUCUUUGAGCAGAAGAAAAACCUGUUGAAUUCGAUUGUGUCGAUACAACACAUAUUUAAAUCUUGAGUUAAAACAGGAGGAAAACAGAUUAAUUAGUUGUGAAAAAUCCACCCAGGUUCCAGACUACUGGCAUUGCCAUGGACUGUACAUAUGUAUAUAAUCAAAAGCAUUUUUAGAUCAUGUUUACAAGCUAUGAUUAAAUAUUUCAACUACCUUAAAUCUCUUCUCAGCAGAAAUCACAUUUGUCGCUUGUUACAUAGAUCAAGCACCUUGUGCACUUUAGUAAAUCUUGUUUUUUCUCUCCAUUUAUCACGUGUGGUUAAAACUGUUGAUGCAGAGGAGAGUGGACUCGUUUCCACUUCCCUCCACUUUGAUCGCAGUCAUGGCUUUCUGUGCUCCCACACUUCUCGUUGUGCGGCACAGACAAACCAGUCCAAGCUGUGAAUCUGUAGCUGUUGCCUUAUGAAACACUCACUGAAUCAGUCACUUUUGUAAUAUUCCUAAAAUAUCUGGAGAAAGAGAAACCCUUCAUUUCUAAAAUUUGAAUGUAAAUAUAUAAUUGUGCUUUCUGAAGCUGCUGUCCUGCCAUGCUGAAUCUGUGCCUUUCCCCUGACAAUGUCUUACUUUAUAUUUUUACUCUUGAGAAUUGGUGGUUAGAUCAGAUUCUGUAUUAAAUUUUGAACAAAAAUAAAUGCAAUUGUACAUA